AUGAAAACGUGCAAUGGAUGUCGAUUGGUCAUUCAUUAUAUUGUAGUAUAUAUCGCCUACCGUGUUAUCUCUUCUAUUUAUGCUACAAAAAUAUCAUCUCAAGUGAUCGAAUUAAAUGAGAAUUUUCUUCAAGCAAAGAAAGACGGUUUAUGGUUUGUUGGCUUUUAUGCUCCGUGGUGUGCAUACUGCAAACGUUUAAUGCCAGUCUGGGAGCAUGUUGGUCAUGCAUUGGCUGAUCAGAAAUCUCCUGUUCGAGUUGCUAAACUAGAUUGUACUCGUUAUAUAAGUACAGCAUCUGCACUAAAUAUUCGUGGAUAUCCUACAAUUAUUUUCUUUCGAAAUGGAAAAGAAAUGUCUUAUGAAGGCGAACGAAAAAAAGAAGCCAUUAUUGAUUUUGCAAUAAAAGCAUCUGGUCCUGUGAUUGGUAUCAUUGAAGAUGUCCUACAGUUAUCGCAGCCAUUUUUUGUAUAUGUGGAGGAUUCUAAAGAUACGCAUUCAACCGAAUUAUUCGAUACUAUUUCAGUUGCUAAACUUCCAUCAGUAAUCGUUUUCAAAGAUAAUGAAUAUCUUAUUUAUCCAAAUGAAGGUAAGCUAAUCGAUUGGAUUCACAGUGAACGGUGGUCUUUAAUACCACUCGUUACUUCAGCAAAUAUUAAAGAUGUUGGAAAAAUGCGAAAGUUAGUUUUAGCUGUCGUAAAUAUGGUUGAGAGAAAAAACGACACAACAGCAGUUGGAAAGUUUGUUUUCGCAUUAUCAGUAUCAGUUCGCAAAGAUCCUUAUCUUUCGAAAAAUUUCCAGUUUGGUUGGUUAGAUGGUAAUGAAAUUGCGAAUAACAUCGUUUUGGGCACUGUAAAUGUGCCAAGCUUGCUGGUUUUCAAUAUUUCAAGCUAUGAAUAUUAUUCAUACAGUGAUCCUGCAAGUAUUAUGACAGAAAAGAGUAUUAUUUCACUUUUGGAAAGAAUAGCUGCAAAUGGUAUAGAACCACGUGGUGGCCGUUCGUUAUUACAACGAAUCAAGCGAAUACUUUUCGAGCUGUUCACAAACAUAGCAGAAAUGUUCAGAGCACAGCCCAUGUUAACACUCUGUUUAUUUGGAGUACCGUUAUCAUUCUUGUCGUUGAUUACAUACUGCAUUUGCUCAACUGACCUCUCAGUGGAUCGUGAUGAAAUUUAUCCUGACGAAGAUGACGACAGUUCCGAUCCCGACGAAAAUCACCAGAAAGAAGAGUAA